AUGUCAAGAAGAACGCUUUUUGUCCUUCUAUUUGCACGAAUGUUUAUUUCAACUAUGAGCAUUUUCGUAAUGCUUGUUGUUUUGAUGAAAUUUCGACAAGUACAAAAAACUGUUAGGGUUGAUCGUCGUUUGGCCAAUUUCAACACACGUCAGCGAGGCUUCACACAAGCUAUGCUUUUCUCUUGCUGCUUCACUUUUGCGUUUUUUGUUCUACCCAAUGUUACAACAUACUGCACCAAACUAUUUGAGAUGGAAAAUGCCGAUCUGUACAAUUCAUACUUAAAACUGAUCAGCUACACCUCUACAUUGGACUUUCUUGUCAUUAUGCUAUAUCGACAACAAGAUAUUUCUGCGGAAGUGCUACAACGCUUUCCAUUUCUUCACUCUUUUCGAAUUUUAUUUCAACCAUUACUGAAACCAGAAGUAAAAAUUAUAGAGCCAAACCCGACAAAUCUCAAUGCAUGA